AUGGUUCUUGCCAACUGCAACAAAAGAAUGUCUGUGCAUUUUACUGUGCAAGGUCAAGAUGAAAGUGACGUCAUCGUCACUGCGUUGGAGCAGACCUUGAAGACCGUCGUUCCAAGAGUCGAAGAAAUGUCGGAAGAACAAUCGACUGAACAUUUGCAGUUAUUAAACAAUAUCACCAUUGAGUACAGUUCAUCGACACUUAAUGUACAUGUGUGUGCCGUCGAACUUUGAACCCGUAGACACUUUAAGUUCCUUGAGUAUAAGCUCAUUUACACUCAAUUAAGGUCAUCGAAUCUGCUAAUAAACAACUAUUGCUUUUUGCAUUUUCCUGGCAGCACUGAGAUGGAACCACAAGAUUUAGAGAUGCCAGAUCUUACCGAAUACAACCCUGAGGUAAUUUGACUGACAGAGAAAUAUUGGUAGCGAAAAUUUCUAAAUCUUAGCCUGUUCCAGGCGUUUAGUAACUGAAACUAAGUGCGUCAGAAAACGGUACGAUAGUAGCGAAGGAGUGAAAAAGCGAGAGAGUUUUGGGUCAGGUCACGUAUUGAACACUGCCCGAUCCAAGCCUCCCACAUUUUCUCUCUGCCGCUGAUACAGGGCCGUUUAGCAUUUCACUCCGUUUUAGAAACUGAAUGCCCGGAACAGACAAUCUGAAGCAAAAAGGUUUGAUUCUUGGCGAUAACAACUUGUACCUGAUAACUUAAAACGUCUUCAAAGUUCAGAUUCUACCAGAAGUUUAAGAAAGGAAGCAAAACUUUCCACAAAAAUCUUCUUUGACUACGCUUUUUACUUUUUGAGAAUCAGGACAAUUCAAAACCGGACUCCACCAUAGUAAAGUAAGUAUGCGGAGAAGGUACUUCUUAAUACCAACAUGACCGCUUAGGGUCCAAAAAUUAUUGUUCAGAGUUAAGUUUAAGGUAGAGGAAAAGACCAACUAAGAGAUUGACUCACAUGACCCGGCAGGGAAUAGAGCCAGGACCUCUUGAUCAGAAGCUCACUCUCAAACCAUUAAGCCACCACAUUAGAAAUCUUUUUGGUCACGUGUUCUCACAGCAGGUCGUGGAUGAACGAGUCGUUUCCUCCACCAAUCAUGGUCAGCCAGGCAUCUUACCUACAUCCAACGCACAAGGAGAGCUGGUACCCAUUCACACCACAAGAUCAAGGCAGCCAAGUGCAAUCCCAGCAGUACCCGCAGCAGUGCUACACGUAUCGCCGUAA